UCUUUCAGGAACACUUUCUGGCAAUUGGCAUGGCGUCUGCGUCAAAAAAAUGGGCACGGGACGUCUAUUUCGUCGCUUCCCGGCUAUACUUUCUUCUAAUACUGUUCCAAAUCCCACUUUUCAGAUUCCCCAGUAGAAUUGGUACAUGUACCACACCUGUUGAGGUGUCACUGUCUUUAUUAUACGCUAAUGGAAUUACUCCUGGAGGUUUGGUAAAAGCCCUGCUUUACCCAGGAGCUGUAGCAAAGGCCAUUUAUAAGAACAGCCCCAUCCCAAGCUAUGACAAUCUUCUAAAAGUCUACAAAUUUACCAACAUGAAGGAAUAUCCUGUAACACAUGACCUCCAAAACCUAGAGGUUAUAGUAGGAAGUUAUUUGUCAGUGGCAGGAGCAUUUUUGGGAUUAAUGAAAUCAGGGAGAUUCAGUCUUAUUGGGAUCCUUCUCAUUACAUGGGGGCUUGACAAGCAAGUUCUUUUUAGGAAUUCCAAUAGUGUAGUCAUAUACCCAACCAUGCUAAUUGCUUUGCUUUCUGCAUUCUUUUCGAUCAGAACAGAUGUCACAAAGCUGAUCCGUUUCUCCAAACCUAAGGUCUCUCUUAGAAAUGUACAAAAAGCAAAAUACAACUAGAGUUAGAUAUGCUAGCUGAUUUCAUCACUUUCUUUAUUAACAUUGUCAUAUAUUUAGGUUGCAAUACAUUUUUAUUAGCAUAUUUUUGUUCCCAUGCUCUCAAUUCCCCUCCCCUGGCUUCCAAGAAAUGAGAUGUGGGGUUUCAACAUUAUUGUAGGAGUGACAUUGAACACUUCUUUGACAAUAUGAUUUUCUUUUUUAGUAAGAAAAA